CGGAGCGACUCCGAGGGAUUACAAUAGCUACAGCUGUCUCUAUUGCUUUACUGUGGAUUUUAGGAAGCUGAUCCGACUGGACAGGGAUUAUUCCCCACACAGGGCGACUCCGUGCCCCCCGCUUCUUUCCUCGGGAUCUGGAUGGUGACGCUGGGCUGGAUGGUGGAAUCUCUCCGGCGCUGAAGACUUGCAGACCUGCCCGCGGGGACCUUUAAAUGGAUCGCCAAUCCAGUCUGAUCUCCCUGUGGCUUCAGUUAGAGCUGUGCGCCAUGGCCGUGCUGCUGACUAAAGGGGAAAUCCGAUGCUACUGUGACGCCCCGCAGUGUGUUGCAACUGGCUACAUGUGCAAGUCGGAGCUCAACGCCUGCUUUACUAAGCUCCUGUACCCCCAGAACACAAACUCUCCUCUCACCCACGGGUGCCUGGACUCCCUGGGCAGCACCACAGAGCCGUGCAAGGGCAGCGCAGUGCAGAAUCCCACAGCAGCGCCGACGCUCAGGUUGGAGUGCUGUCAUGAAGAUAUGUGCAAUUACAGAGGUCUGCACGAUGUUCUGUCUCAUCCCAGGAGUGAUGCAUCAGGCCCAGGGGGCAGACACCAACACGACAACACAAGGAACCUCAUCACGAAGGUCCACGAGUUGACCUCAUCCAAAGAACUGUGGUUCAGGGCAGCUGUCAUAGCCGUGCCCAUAGCUGGUGGACUGAUCCUGGUGCUCCUCAUAAUGCUUGCACUUCGGAUGCUGCGUAGCGAAAACAAAAGACUAAAAGAUCAGAGGCAACAGAUGCUGUCGCGGCUUCACUACAGCUUUCACGGGCACCAUUCAAAAAAGGGCCAGAUGGCCAAACUAGACUUGGAGUGUAUGGUGCCAGUGACUGGUCACGAAAACUGCUGCCUGACCUGUGACAAACUGAGGCACACGGACCUUAGCAAUGACAAAAUCAUCUCAUUGGUCCAUUGGGGGAUGUACAGCGGACACGGCAAACUGGAAUUUGUAUGACCGCCUUCCCGGCACAAUGGUCCAGUAGGGGGUCUUCUGGAUCUUGCUGGAUGGGAGCACUUUAUCUUUCUUUCCUUUUAAACAAAACAAACUGAUCUUUAGGAGGACGAAAAAUUUGGGAUCUUUGCACAGCAAAUAUUUAAUGUUUCCUGUGUGGGGUCCAAAAAAUAUCAUAUUUGCACAGAAAGAGUGAUGGACUCUGUUUUUAUUUGCUUAACAUUGAAAAAUGUGGAAGCUGUACACACUGUCACAAUGUGUUUUUGUUUUGUUUUUUUGAGUUUUAGGGAGCUAAUAUUGUUAUUGAAAUAAACUGUACACAAUGUACAAGUUCCUAUAUACAGUAUGUUUUAUUGUAUAGAAGUUGUUUUUUUUUUGUUUUUUUUAAAUAUAUAUUUUUGUCUGGAACAU